AUGGCGGUGUUUACACUUAAUCUUCAAAAAAGAAUUAUUCCAAGCAUUGUUAUUAGUGGUAAAUUUGAUGGUUCUCAUUCUUGUUUAGUAGCUGCUACGCGUGCCGGAAAUAUUAUUAUUCAUAAUCCACAUCGCCAACUUGCGUUAAAUAUUGAUACAUCUUCUCGAACUGAAACGGAUCGAAAACUACAAUGGAAUGGAGAAACUGCUGAACUGCGCAUCGGGCAACAAAUUUUAGCCUUGUGUAGUGGACGUCUUACAGACGAUGAAAAAGAUAUUCUUCUUAUCGGUACAUCGACUCAUAUUUUAGCCUAUCAAGUUGAAGAAAAUGCUGAACAUUUCUAUAAAAGCAUUCCAAAUGGAGUAUAUUCUAUAACUAUUGGAAAAGUUGGAUGGUUUCCGAACUAUAUUGUUGUAGUUGGAAGCAACGCUUCUCUCACCAUAUUUGAUUCUGAAGGGCAAGAAAUUUUUUGGACGAUUGUUGGAGAUAUUAUAAGAUCAUCUAUAAUUUUUGAUUUCGAUGGUGAUGGUGAAAAUGAGAUUUUGUUUGGAAGUGAUGAUUUUGGUAUAAAAGUACUGAAAAAAGAUACCAUUCUAUGGGAAACUAAAGAAACAGCUCCUGUUACAUUUUUAACUAAACUUAUCAGCAGUCAAUUUGCUUAUAUUGUGGAAAAUGGAACGAUCGGAAUAUAUGAUGGAGUUCGAAGGCUUUGGAGGAUUAAGUCUAAGCACAAAGCUGUAUCAAUAAGAAGCUAUGACAUCGAUGGUGAUGGGAUUCCGGAACUUCUCACUGGCUGGAGUUCAGGAAAAAUUGAUGCAAGGUCCUGUGCAAGCGGUGAUGUUAUCUUUAAAAUACAGAUGAAUGCUGGAAUUGCUGGAAUUAUUGAAGCUGACUAUCGGCGAAUUGGAAAAUCAGAUUUAAUAGUUGUCUCAACUAUCGGUGAAGUACGUGGUUAUUCAUCAGGACUACCAGUAAAAACAUUGGAGUCUAGUGACAUAAUAAAAGAGCUACUAAUACGAAAACAAACUCUUAGCACCAAAAUAAGGCAACAAACAACUAAUUCGGAAAAAACAGUAGAAUCUAAAUUGGCUAUUAAUAUAUAUUUGAAUAAUGGAGCUGUAAAAAUUGCACUUGCAUCGGGUCCUGGAUUAUUUAUUUACUGUGCGGUCGUAUUCGCUGAAGGUGUUUUUAGUGGUGAAACGUUGGUUGUCCACCCACUAACACAUACUGAUGAACUUGAGAUCGAGUUGAGACCUCUGGACAAUUCAACGAUCGAUAUGCAUAUGAAGAUUCUUGUCGGUGCAAAAAACAGUCAUAUAUUACAGGUAUUCGAAACGGUUCGCCACUUACCUCAAUUUUGUAUGUAUGAAUUAAUACCUCGACCGGAUCAUAUUUCUGGGAAUUUGAAUGAUAGUGGUGUAAUAUUUGAGAUUUCCGAACGAAUAAAACGUGUAGCACUAUGGUUAGAUCAAAAUUUCUUACUCACAGAAGAAUUGAAAAUAAUCGAAGAUAACUCAAAAACAAAUUUUAUUGAGGCUUGGUUCCGUGAUGUGAGGAAUAAUGAAAUUCAUUGUAUUCGUGCUAAUUCUUCUGGAAGAGCCAGUAUUCAAACAGAAAAUUUACAAUUUGCUGGUGAAAUAAUUCAAUCAUUGGCGACGUAUCUUGGUAUUUUUGAACUUAACUCUCAAGCUAGAUUUAUAAAUGAAGAACAAAAAUUAGCUCGAAAGUUUUUGAAAGUUAAAGAUUUUAAAGAUGCUGAUAUCAAACUUCAAGCUGAAGUAGCUGGUAUUUCCAUGUUUUUAAAAAAUAUUCUAAUAAGAAUUGAAGAUAGUCGAAUUCUUAAUGAUAUCGACAGUAUGAAAAAGCGAUUUUCACAACUCAACAAGCUAAAUCAUGAUUUGUUAAGAACAAACGAAAUUCGGCUAAAUAACUUUAAAGAAUUUUCAGCAACGCUUAAAGAAUUGAAUUUUGUAAUCCGCAAUGCAUCAAAAUUCCGAGUUGGCCGAACUUCAAUGAGUACUGUUACAAAAUGUAGGACUGCAAUGGAAGAAGAAAAUCUAUCUGCUUUAAUACAAGCUAUACGCAAUGGUUAA